AUGCUGGCAAACAACCUGGUUUUUAAGAAGGUUCACUGGGCCAUGGGCCUGGACUGCUGCAGGAACUGCUUAACAGGGGCCGCACCCAUCACUAGGGAGAACCUGGAGUAUUUCAUGAGCCUUCGCCUCCCCUUGUAUGAGCUGUAUGGGAUGAGUGAAAGCACCGGCCCUCACACCAUCUCCUGGGAGAAUAACUUCAAGAUCAUGAGCUGUGGAAAGGUGGUGAAUGGCUGCCAGACAAAGUUGGACAAGCCAGAUGAGGAUGGGAAUGGUGAGAUCUGUUUCUGGGGGCGUCAUGUGUUCAUGGGCUACCUGAACGAGCCAGAAAAGACUGAGGAGGCCUUGGACCAGCAGGGCUGGCUGCACUCUGGAGACCUGGGCAAGCACGACAAGGACAACUUCCUGUUCAUCACAGGGAGGAUAAAGGGUAUAUGUGUAGUCGACGACAACGGUUAUCCGACGGACGAGCUGACCCCAGAGGCCUUGGCGUUCUGCCAGCAGCGUGGUGUCAUGGCAACCAAGGCCUCUGAGAUUAUAGCCAGUAAGGAGCCAGCUAUUUACAAGGCCAUCCAGGAGGGCAUAGAGCUACGGCCAACUCCAAUGCCCAGAGGGUCCAGAAAUCUGAGAUACCAGUUGACAGCAGUGUCCCUGUUUCCAGAGAACUAUGGCUUGGAGUUUUCUACUGAAAUGGAAAGCAACUUCAACAAAUUUGUGUAG